ACAUAUAUAGAUGUCCUCAAUGUCAAAUUUUGGGUCACCAUCAAUGCCUUACAUGAGAUAUGAACGAUAAAUAAAUUCAUAUUAUGAAAUACCCAAUAAAUUGAAUCAUUAAAAAACAAAAGAUAGCUACUUGAUUCCAUCCAUAUUUCUUCCAGUAAUUAACAAAUACUUUGUCCCUAUGAAACUAAUAAAUUUUUAAUACCUGUUUGAUUACUCUCUCUUGUUGGUGGUUGCUUGUCACAACUCACAGUACAGCAAUAAUAUAUAUAUAUAUAUGAACCCCAACUGUGAGAGUCAAGAAUAAGUGCAGAAGAGAGAAAGAGAAGAGAAACACAGAGGUUAUUGAGAUGAAGAGGACAAGAGAAGUGGAGAGAAGAUCAGAAAUAAAGUGUUCCAUUGAAGAACUCUCCAUAUUUGUCAAACUUAACCCUCCUGUUGGUGACAACUACGAUUCUGCCCAUAUACCCACCAAGUCUUUUCUCUGUAUUUGCAAUUUGCUUCUUCAAGUUCUGGAUAAGAUAGGCCCAACAAUGGCCGUUUUGAGACAAGACAUUUAUCAGAAUAUCCAGAGGAUAGAGGUGGUGUGCGAAUCUGAUUCUGCAGUGAAUUCAAAUUUGGUUGAGAUGUUGAAGAAAGAAACCAAUCAAGGCAUUGCAAAAAAGGGUAACACCUCAAGUAAAGCCUUUGUUUGGCUUACCAGAUCAUUGGAUUUUACGGUGGCUUUAUUGUUACGAUUAUCAAAGGACCCGGGGCAGAACAUGGAACAAGCUGUGGAGGAGUCAUAUAACAUCACUCUGAAGCCAUGGCAUGGAUGGAUUUCAUCUGCUGCUUUUAAAGUAGCUUUGAAACUAGUACCUGAUAACGAGACUUUCAUUGAUAUUCUCACGGCGAAGGGCGAAACCUAUGAAGCGCUCGAGGAUAUCCAAAACUAUGUUACAUUACUUGCACCCAUGUUAGAAUACAUCCAUUCCACUCUGAGAUUCUAUGAUUUGGACAGGUUAAAGUCUACCUGAGGAUAAAUUUUGGGCAAAUCAAGAGCAUUGUACAUUGUCACUUACACAGCUUUUAGUUUUCUACAGCAUGGUUCUCUUUUAUUUUUUUAUAUAUGUAGACAUCUCUGUAGUUCCUGACUUGUAACAAAGAUAUGUAUAUCAGCUGCACUUGGAACUCUCACAUGACUUGUAAAAAUUUUCACAGCUUGAAGUAAUGACAGAUUUUCUUGUCCUGAUGUC